CUCGCAUUAGUUUUGAAACUUGAACCAAGCAUCUGACAUGAACUGCUGCAACUUUUUUUUUUACAGUUUAUUAAGAAGGAUGUCAUUCUUUUUCAUCAAAGACUUGUGGGUUUUAAUUUUUUACAUUUUGUGUGACAUUUUUGACAACAGCGCAAGUCCACAUGUCUAUAUCAGAACUUAACACUGAACUUUAAAGGGACUACUUUUCAAAAAUUACCAUGUUACACCAUUUAUUCUCUUCUGCAACUUUUAUCUGUCUUUACCGGACAUUGCAAUGACUAACAAAGAUGUUUUGGUGUAAAAUUACCGACGAGAAGUGCAAAAACAUGGCGGUUUUUACUUUGCUAUAUUUUCUACUUUUCCUGCCAAAUUUCGCCAUCGCCUCCGGUUUCUCUGGCGUCUUCUUCAACACGACCGAUCGGGACAUUUUGACGGACAACUUCCUGCCUGCCAAGCCCGUACCGGAGAAAAUUCGCUCCUCCGAUUCCCACCCGAACUUGUACUUCAACCAAGCCGACAUUCCGCACUUGAGGCAGAAAUCGGGGACCACACACAGCCACAUUUUCAAAGUUAUCCGAGCGGCGGUUUUGACCAUGCUGUCCAAUGUUCCGUUCUACAUGCCUCCCGCCAAACACGAGGAAUUCACCAGCAAGUGGAACGAGAAUUUCGGCAAUGAUCUACCACCGUUGGCGCUCUACUGCCUGCUUUGCCCGGAGGAUAGUUCCGCCUUGCAGUUCCUCAUCAAGUUCAUGGACAGAAUGGCGGCGUACCCCGACUGGAAAGUUGCCAGCGCGCCGAACGACGAGGUACCGGUGGCGCACUCCCUCACCGGAUUCGCGACCGCUUACGACUUCAUUUACUCGUUCCUGGACGAGCGCCGGAGAGAGAUUUACCUCAAAAAGAUCCGAGCGGAGACGGAAGAGCUGUACGAGCUUUCCAAGUACAGAGGGUGGGGGAAGCAGUACCUCCAGAACCACCAGACGACCAAUGUGCUGGCUAUACUCACAGGUGCAAUCGUGGUGGGCUCACACAACGACCCUGAAUCGAUGAUGUGGAAACAAGUGUCUGUGAACUACAUGGAGAAGACCAUGUUCCUGCUGAAUCACAUCGUGGACGGCUCCCUGGACGAAGGAGUGGCCUACGGGAGCUACACCGCCAAGUCUGUCACCCAGUACGUCUUUUUAGCUCAACGCCAUUUCAACAUCGACAACACUCAGAACAACUGGCUGCGGGCGCACUUCUGGUUCUACUAUGCCACGCUGCUGCCCGGCUUCCAGCGAACAGUUGGCAUAGCAGAUUCUAACUAUAACUGGUUUUACGGUCCCGAAAGCCAGCUUGUUUUCCUUGAUACGUUUGUGAUAAAAAACGGCACGGGGAAUUGGCUGGCUCAACAGAUAAGAAAGCACAGGCCGAAAGACGGACCCAUGGGACCCUCGGCGGCGCAGCGCUGGGCCACCCUCCACACAGAGUUCAUUUGGUUUAACCCGCACCUCCCGCCGCAGCCCCCACACGGCUACGGGAGGCCGAAGAUGCAUAUAUUUUCAAACUGGGGUGUGGUGACCUACGGAGCGGGACUGCCAAUUUCACAGGGUAACACUUUUGUCUCAUUUAAAUCCGGCAAGCUGGGUGGCCGCGCGGUUUAUGACAUAGUCCACGACAAGCCUUACUCUUGGGUCAACGAUUGGAAUAGUUUCAAUCCGGGGCACGAGCACCCAGAUCAGAAUUCGUUCACGUUUGCACCCAAUGGGCAGGUUUUUGUUUCGGAAGCACUUUACGGGCCUAAGUAUAGCUAUCUGAACAAUGUUUUGGUUUUCGGUCCGUCUCCUACCAGCCAGUGCAACAGCCCGUGGGAGGGGCAGUUAGGGGAGUGCGCCAAGUGGUUGCGAUGGACUGAUGAAGGGGUAGGAGAUACUCGGGGAGAAGUGGUAGUUGCUUCUGCUCACAGGGACACUAUGUUUGUAAGUGGAGAGGCGGUGAACGCUUACUCCCCAGCCAUGAGACUCAAAAGUGUGUACCGCGCGCUGGUCCUACUGAACUCCCAAACGCUUCUAGUCGUCGACCACGUUGAAAAGUUCCCGGACUCCCCCAUAAAUUCCUUCAGCGCUUUUUUCCACAACCUUGACAUUGACUUCAAGUACGUCCCCUUUAAAUUCAUGGACAGGUAUAACGGCGCCAUGAUGGAUGUGUGGGAUGCUCAUUAUAAAAUGUUCUGGUUUGACACGCAGGGUCACAGUCCGGACACGAGAAUACAAGAGGCGGAGCAGGCAGCCGAGUUUAAAAAGAGGUGGACACAAUACGUCAAUGUCACCUUUUCAAUGACGAACAAUAUCGCUAGGGUCGCCUAUAUAAUGCACGGCCCCUAUGUCAAAGUAUCCAACUGUAGAUUCAUAGACAACAGCCACAACGGAGUCAGACUUUCCAUCGUUAUCAAUAACACUGAAAAUAUUGUCUCUAUAGCAACUAACUACCAAGAUAUCGGCGCGAGGUUGAGUUAUUUAGGAUUUGGCGGGCAUUGCAAAGUGGAAGACUCGUAUCAAGUGACGAGAUUCGGCCUCGGAACGCAACUCAUUCCGAAGCAAAUGAGCAGCGAUAAUCAGCUGUUUGAUUUUGUGUUUACAGUGAAUGUUAUAGCCGGAGUGAUCCUGUGCGUAGCCGUAGGAUUUCUCACCCUGCAGAGGAAGUUUUAUGUGUGCUUCAGCAGACUCAUGCGCUAUGCCCUCCUCGGCGUCCUACUUCUCUGGAUUGCCGAGUUGUUAUUUGUUUCGAAUAGCUGCGAUAAGCUCCUUUGCGGGGUCAAAUGGAAAGGGACGGACCCGCAAAACGAAGUCAACAAGCAAAUCAGGCAGUACGAGCAACAGCGGCUGCCUCUCCCCAACGUCCUCAUCACAGCUCUGCCCGGUUCUGGCGCGGAGAUUCUGAAGCAUCUUUUUUACAACAAUUCCGACUUUGUUUACAUCCGUGUUCCGACGGAGCACCUGGACAUCCCGGAGACGGAAUACGAAUUUGACUCUUUGGUGGACGACUGCGAGUGGUCGAGGUCAGACGCUAUUCAGGGCCGCUUUAAAAUCAUCCAAGGCUGGCUUCACUCGCUGGUCUACGACAUUAAACUCCACUUGCAAAAUAUUCAGCUAGUGGAGGAUAGCAGAGUCACAAAAAUGAAAAGUGUCAAUAUUGUAAGGGAUAAAAAGAAACACUUUCGAAGACGAGAAGCGGCGUCUGAGUUAAGGGGAAAACUCAAAGCAAAUUUAGACAGGGAUGUGGAAUAUAUUCGAGAUUUGAGACGCCAUGUCGCGGAGUACCGGAGUGCACGCGUUGUACUUUAUUUGCGAAGUGGAAGUUGGCCACUCAAACUUCCUUUUAUCCAGGAAGUAGUCGGACCCUCUUUGCGGACAAUCUAUUUAGUGAGAGACCCCCGGGCAUGGAUUUAUCUGAUGCUUUAUAACAGCAAACCCAGCCUUUAUUCGCUCAAGAACAUUCCUCAACACCUUUCUUUGAUAUUCAAGGAGAAUUCUGCCAGGGAUGGGUGCCCAGCUGUGGCGCCGGAGUUUAAACUAAUCCGCAGGUUGCUCUCCCGUUCCGAGACAAACCCCGUCAUGAUCCUCGCGCACCUGUGGCUAGCUCACACCGCGGCGGCUCUAAGGGUGAGCAGAACCAUCCCACAAGACUCUUACCUCCACGUGAGGUUCGAGGACUUAGUCAGCUACCCCCAGGAAACGGCAGAGACUAUUCAUUCCUUCCUGGGGGUGCCCCUGUCCCCCGCCGCCCUGAACCAACUCAUGUUCACUACUUCGACGAAUCUGUACAACUUGAUGUACGAAGGGGACAUUUCUCCGGCGAACAUCAACGCGUGGAGAAGCAACAUGCCCCGGAAAGACAUAAGGAUGGUGGAGGACGUGUGCGGGGUGGUCAUGAGGAGGCUGGGUUACUUGAGGUGAUUUAACCGCUGCUGGUCAGCUCUGGGGCUCGUGUUUACUGUAGCUUUCAGUCUGUUACUUGGUUUAUUUGCACUGACCUUACAUUUGAAGGUAGCAUAA